AUGUUUUUUUUUCCUUUUCUUUACGUCGUCAUUAUUAUCAUUAUUAUUAUUACACAUGCACACACAUGUUCAUUUCCGUUGUUUUUGCCGUUUGUUUGUUUAUUUAUUUGUCGUUUUAUUUUUAUUUUUGCUCUCGCGUUUGUGAUUUUGUUUUGUUUGUUUGCCUUUAUUUUGAUAUUAUUACUUUAUAUAUAUUUAUAUAUUUAUAUAUAUAUAUAUAUUAUCAUAUAUGAAAAUAUAUGUGUUUUACUUCCGUCGCUGCUGCAGAGGUCCAUUUUGUUUCUCUCACAACUGUAUAUUUAA